GCAUGAGAGAAGAACUGUAGUAGUGGUACUGUAACUAGAAGUGGACAAAAGCUGAUCGGGCCAUCAACACGUUAUAAAGAAGACAAGAGUGGAAAGACAGAUGUGUUUGUGCACGUCUACAACCUUAGAAACAAACAUAUAUGAGAUCCAAACAUCCAAUAGGACUUAUGUAGGUAUGUGCAUUACUUAUCAACUUCUCUAAAUCUCUCUGUCUCAACUCUCUGAUCUCCUUAAGUUGUUGCUUUGAUCAGUUGUUACUUAACUAAGACCUUCUACCUGCAUUCUUCCACCAACAUUUCCUUCAAUCGUCUCGCGAAACAGUCACAAUUUUGCUAGAGAGUUACAACUACACUCCAACUACUAAUUCCACCAUCUAAUCAUCAUUUCCUGGAUAAUAUAGCUCAUCAAUCAUAUAUUUUUAAUCUUUAUCAGAAAUGGAUAAUCAUGUUACAGUAGGUGUCUCGCCAGAUGGAGAUCAUAUCGGAGAACAGAAAGGCCCGAACCUUUUGUGGAAUUUAAGCCUCUCUGACAUUAAGGAUGCUAAUCGGAACAAAGAAGAAGAUGGAGCCGAUGAUGAUGAUGAUCAGACACGUAGUAGCAGGAACACGAGUACUGAGCUCAAUCUCAUCAACUGUAUUGAUGAGAAUUUAGACUCAACAAAAUCAAAUCCAGAGCCUCGAGUAUUUUCAUGUAACUACUGUCAGAGGAAAUUCUAUAGCUCACAAGCUCUAGGAGGCCACCAAAAUGCUCACAAAAGGGAGAGGAUCAUCAAUAAACGCGGACGAACAACUGACCAUACAACCAUAUCCAUGAUGCAGUACUAUCAAAACCAGAAAAUGGCUUAUACUUCUCCUCCUCCUCUGCAUGCUACAAUGUUUAGCAGAAGCCUUGGAGUUCAGGUUCAUUCUAUGAUCCAUAAGCCCACAACUAGUUCAUUUCCAUUUCCUCGCGCUAUACCAGCUAGUUCAUUACCAGUACACGGACAAUAUCCCGCGUGGUCCAGGAAGCCUCUUGAGCAACAACCAGCAAUUGGACGGCUUGCACCCCCGGAUAUAAGCAGCGGUGCUGCCAGGUUUGAUGGCGGUCGCAAAAUUGCUCUGACAGGCGAUGGAGCCGGGGAAUUUAGGUGGAAUAGUAGCAGCAGUAGUGCUACACUAUUAGAAAAGAAUAAUCAAGAUGAGUUUCAGAAGCUAGAUUUGUCUCUAAAACUGUAAAGUCUAUGCAGGUUCCUUAAAUGACAGCCUUGUUUCUUGUAACAUGAAUAGGUUGUUGUAUUUUCAUCAGUAUUUUUUAAAAUCUGAAUUCUGAUC